GACGCGGCGACAUCGUCCCGAUGUACUCUAACCCCCGCUCCAGGCCCCGACGCCGAUACCCCCUUGCAAAUGCUGUCGAGUAUGGCCACGACCACUGUGACGUGCACGCCGCAAGUGGUCAGUUCGCCCGUGUCACCUGCAGCCCGUGAAGAGCGGCCCGCUCCUCUCUGCGGAAGGUCCAUCGCAAGCCGAAACUUCUCGACGAAGUCCCGCGGUACCGGAACCACCAGAGCCUUGGCACCGAAACACCGAGCCGAGGAGGAGGCAGACGCACUCAGAAAACUCAACGAAUUCGUGAGCAAUCUUUUCUUGAAAAGUUGACGCUUAUUACAAAUUGUUACAUAUUUAUUUUCCGAUAGCAUUCUUUCCCACGUGAAAAUAGGCCGGAAUUCCAACACUUCGAAGUUAACGUACAAGACCGGCUUGGCCAGACGCAGUCAGUCUCAAAAGCGGAUACAUAUAUCUAAGGCAAAAAUGCCCGAGACCAGGUACCACCUCUUUGGAAGAUGUCCGACCGAACUACGGCAGUCGAUUCCAGUUAAGACACGCUGCUCUCCAUACGGCAGCUUGCACACGAGGCAAACAUCCAUUGUCGUAUGGGGUCCCUUUCACUCAAUCCCGCGCCCUUUAGGCCGGAGAGCCAUCCCUCAUUUAAUAAAGAUGCUUAAUUCAUUCAAGUGACCCUGAUCGUCACAGCAACUGUCUAAAACUAAAGCUGCAAAUUUCAGGCAAAACGUGUAUAUACAUCGGAGUGCCCCCAUGGCGCAGUCGUCAGCGUGAUCCUCGAAUGCCGACCACGUGGUUUGCUUCACCAAAUCUUUUCUGCAGGCCCACGCCGCACCUCCGUCCACUGCGCAUUCGCCGUCGCCGCGCGACGAAAGACGCCGGUGGCGCGGCAGGUGUGCGGGAUUCGCCGUCGUUCUGCUGUGCGUCGCCGUCCUCGCCGUCGCCUUGGCGCUGCUCCUGCCGUCGCGCGCGUCGACCAGCAGCGCCGAUGCCGGCGUGUGCGUCACUAAAGGGUGCGUGGACCACGCGGAGAACCUGGGCCUGCACCGCAAAGGGAGCGCCGUCGGACCCUGCGAGGACUUUGGCAAGUUCGUCUGCUCCCACUGGUUCGAAAAGCACAUCUACAUAGCACCGUCGGUGACCAUCUAUCACAUGGGCGAUUGGUUGUACAAUCUGGCGCGCACCCGAUGGUACGACACCACCGGCAACAAAGUCGCGGCGAGGGUGACGCGUCUCGUAGACGCGUGCAUGCAUCGGGAUUCCCAGACCGGCAACCACCACGACGACGGCGUCGAGCAGCUUUUCCACUUCAUGACCGAAAAACUCUUCCCGUGGCUGCUGCUCGACACCAACAGCAGCGGCGACGGUGACCGGAUACGAAACGACAGCCACCGGAUACGAGACGAAAGCGACUACGCCUUCACGCUGGCCACCAUCGUCAACAUGUCCGUGGUCUGGUACCUGCCGCUCUGGUUUACCGUCGACCUUGUGACAUCCUCGCCGGGACAUGGCGCCUCGCCAGCGCAGCGAUCCGUGAGCAUCAGCUCGACGAACGUGGUCGACAUCGCGCAGCGAGUACACCUAGAGGUCGAAGCGUACAAGCUCUACGAUGCGUACGUGUCACUCUUGCUGGACGUCGUCUUUCGCGGAGGGGAGUUCGCGCCGGAAUUCCGUUCCUUCGUACGCGACAGAAGCGCCGAAGUCCAGCACGACGUCUUGGGAAAUCUGUCGUCGCGCUACGUCGCCAGCCGCGUCGAGCCUCGUUUCCUCCAAAUGCGCCACCUGCCGGCGCUGGUGCCGAAGCUCGACGCUCGCGACUGGGUCGACGCGAUGCAGUCCGCGUUCGGGGCGAACCCGCCGCUCACCGAGGGGGACACGCUGUUCGUGACCGACUCCGGGCUCCUGGGCGCCGUGAACGUCCUCUUCGCUUCGUACACGGCCCGGGAAUUGACGUUUCACACGGCGUGGUGGUUCGUCCAAGUCCUCUCCGCCGUGACCAGCGACACGAUGCACGCGUUCGUCAUGGGAAACAAGGUGGGCGACGAAGUCUACCCGGUGAUGUGCGGAAGCCACAUCGCCACUGCGUACAGCGUGCUGCUCGCCGGCCUCGACCGCGGCAGCGGCACAGCCUCCACGAACCAGAGGUCGCUGGUGACGCGGCUCUUGAGCAACGUCCACCAGACGGCAGUCGGGAAGGUUCGAACCUGGACGAGCGCGUUGGGUUCCGAGGCGAUAGUAGCUCUCAGCUUGCGCCUAGGCAGCACCACCACUGUAGUGUGGCCCGAAGGGAAGAAGAACGAGAGCGACGGCGCCUGGUGGGGUGAGACACUGUACGGUCCCGACUACGACAACGCGACGCGCGGCUUCUUCGGGCACUGGGCCGAGAUUCGACGGCGAUUGCGGGCGUCUCUGAACAGCGAUGCCUACCAAUCCAGCCUCCGCGUGUUCCGAUUACAGUCGUCCAACGUGGCCACGUACGACGCCGUCUCGAACGCGAUUUCUGUCGGCGUCCAAGCAGUGACUGGGCCCUUCUAUGUGGCUGACGGAACGAGUGCCAUCAACUACGGUGGCCUGGGUUUUCUCUACGCCUUGCAGGUGGCGCGAACCAUCAAUACGCUCACGCUCCUUCUCGACGGCGACCGUACACCGUCGGCUUGGGUUCCUCCAAGAAACGCGACCGACGCCAGCGGGGCUCCAGGGCAGCCACUGUGGAAGCUGGGUCGGUGCCCUUCCUCUGACGCGUCCGCCCACGUGACGUCGCUCUACCCCGUGCUUCCGGCGCUGGAAAUCGCGCAUGACGCCUACAGGCGGUUCCGCAACGUCGCGGAGGACGUGCCCCUCCGGGGACUGCAGGCCUACAGCGCCGAGCAGGUCUUCUUCCUGACGGCCUGUCACGUGACCUGCUGGGCAAACAGCUCGGGGCAUCGCAUGUCGCCGGAGUGCACCGACGCCAUGCGCAACUUCGCGCCGUUCGCAGAUGCCUUCAGCUGUCCGGCCGGUUCCCCCAUGAACCCGCACGAGAGGUGCCGGUUUUUUUGAACUGCCCGCGCGAUCUCUAAUACGAUCGAGGGGCGCUCCAAAGAAAACUUCACGUCGCUUUCUUUUUCUCUCAUUCUUGCUUUUUGCUGACGCCGUGCUCUGUAGUUCCCGCUUCAGCUUUUUUGCUCGUUUAUCGUUUCUUUUUUGCAUUUUUUUCUUAUAUCGGGACUCGGCGAACCAGCUGCCAAGGCAUCUUACAAACUGUCCGCGUAUUGAAGAUAUCAUUUCAACAAACCAUACAGUGAAAGGUCUACGGCAUUGCUGUAUUCAGGACACAAGGCUGCUGUAAGGGUUCUCGGUGUGAUCUUUUUUACAGCGAAAGUACCUCUAGCCCCGGUAUGCAUAACGCGCGUGCGUACCACGCAUUUUUGCAAGGGUGCGAAUUGUCGUCAGUUACAAUCAUCGUAAAAAUAACCAUCGUAAUGAUAAUCAUUGUUAUCAUUACCAUCAUAGUUAUCUGAGCGCGGCUCUCAGAAUAAGUAGAGUUCGUCAUCAGCCAUCGUGUUUUGUCAAGUUUUUAGACUGCACAAUUUCGGGAUCAGCCGACAAGAGAGUUUAGAAACAGCUGAAUUUGGAAAGACACAACCCGCACUACUGCCGGUCCUCGGAGAAUUUCCCUAGAUUUAUCAAUGUUAGGCCUUGUUUAGAGAAAAAUUUUAUUAAAUCGAGGGGAAACUUGUUUAGGAUGUGGAGGGAACAGAGAUAUGAGAAACCAGUGCUCCAUACGAGAAACUGCUGAAGCGACACUGUGUUUUGAUUUCAGUCAGCGCAAAUCACCUUCGCAUUGGCAUGCGAAGUAUGACUUGUGGCCGUACCGCGGUGCAGUGGGCGCCUCCUGCCAUGUAAACAACAAGGUGUCAAUGUUCUAUGUAUGGAGCAAAGCUAUGCUGUUGACUUGUGCGUCCCUUGAAUGAAACAUAACCGGCGAAACAAACGCACGCUGCAAUACCAAACAAAGCAGCACGUGCGAAUCCCGCCAUAAGCAGACGCAACGCCGAGACCGAGAAGGCGGCCGGGGCCUUGUGGAGCCGCUCAUGCACGCAAAUUCACCCGGAAUCGUCAAUGGGCAGAGAAACUUUCUACAGAGUCGCACUUUAUAAGCACAGUGGCCACGUGUCCGUGCGAGUUUCGGUCUGAAUGAAAGCAAGAAAAUGUAACUUGUAUCUCCGUGGUUCGCAGCAAAUGUAAGCGCGUAAAGCGGGAGACACAUGGUGCGAUUUUGGGUGCGAUCGGUCGUACGACCAUUCGCAUCGGCAGCCGCACUCAACAGGUUUUCAACCAAAUCCGCCGCACGCGGCGCCGAAUCGCACGCCCCGCAUACGACCAACUCGCUGAAUAUUGUCGUGCGACUGCCGCAUCGGUCGGGCGGCCGCAGCCAAUGACAGCGCCGGUAGCGCGAACGUCACGGCCACGUCGUAGACCCGACGGGGCGGAGCCGGCGAGCGAGCGCCUCGCCGCUCCGAUCAUGUCUGUUUUUUUUCUUCUCCCUGGUCGAAACGAAGGCCUCUUUCGCCGGUGACGGCGGCACAUAAAUAAGCUGCAAUUUGUUUCUGACACGAAAUAACUUAUGGAAUAAAGUGGCCUCGAAAGAGUGCAUGUUAUAAAACGUUGUGCGAUAUAGUAAAUAGUUGGCGUGAUUUGUAAUCGGACGCGGUCAGCGCAGAUGCGCCAGCAAUCGUCUAUACGAAGCGGCAUGGCUGUGCUACGUCACUGCACCACGGCAUGCAAGACAAACAGGCGUCGCGAAGUGGCACACUGCUUUGACACUGUGAGGGUCGACCGGUGCCAGCUUUCUUAAAAGAUAGUCAAUCUUGG